AUGAUGACAACGAAGCUCCGAACACGUCCCGCCCUUGAACAUGAACGGCAGGCUUUGGCCAAGGUCGCGGCCGCAGCCUUUUUGGACGACCUUUUCGACUCCUACAUGUAUCCAAAGAGGAAGCAACACUACAGAUCCUACCAGAGACUAUACCAGCAAAGGUUUGACUCUCACAUCAACCAAUCUCUCUGCUGGGUUAUGGUUGCCGAAGCUAUCACCCAAGUACACGAUAUGAAUGGCAAAGUCAGCUACGAGGGCGCCACGCCAGCGGCAUAUGCCAUCUGGACUCGGGAGUCAGCCAAGAAGACGAAGCAGACACAAAGGCGGCUGCAAGCGCUGGGCCUGCGGGAUGCAACCGCCGGUGUGUCGCCGAUGCAACGAUUCAAGAAACGGAUAAUGAACUGCGGCCUCGUCGAGGCAAUUCGCGAUAGGUCCAACCCUGUCGUGGACAGGAAGCGCUUUAGCGCGUUCUGGGAAAGUCUCAGCGAUAUGGAUGACGACAGCGACUCCGACAGCGAGCCAGAAGAGUACUGGCACCUCCAGGAGCUUGCGGUAGCGCCGGAGUUCCGCCGUCGUGGCGCGGGAGGGGCACUGCUGAGAUGGGGGCAGGAUUGGGCUCGAAAGGAGGACGUGCCGAUUCUUCUUGAAUCAACUCCAAUGGGGAAAUCCUUGUAUGAGGGGCAGGGGUUCUUGCAAUACGAUAUCUGGGAGUGGGGCGACAAACCUGACAUGGCUUGGUAUAUGAUGCGGUGGCAGCCAUCCGUCGCAACUUAA